AUGAAUAAUAAAUUAUUAUAGACUCUCAAAAAUAAACUACAAAUUCAGGAUAGCCAGAUUAAAUUACUCUAAUUCUAUAAAAAGUACUGUCUGCCAACAUCUUAAACAUCAAGUAAUAAUAUGAAUAUUAUAUAUUAGAUUCCAUUAAGUCCUUAUAAAUGAAGGCCUACUUUAAUUUGAUUAUGAACAAAUCCUUCUUUUUUGGAGGACCCUUUUGUAUUAAAUAUGGUAUAAAUAUGGUUUCGAAUCCAGCUACUAUUAUGUACUCUCCUUUAUUUUUUAUUGGUUAUGGAGUUUGUAAUCAUUAUUAUUAUAAAAUAGGUUACUCUGCCUAUGUAUACUUUGAAGGUUUGAGGAAUAGAAAUCUAUCUGAAAUCAAUAUUUUGGCUUUAAGAGAAAUGUCUCUUCAAACAUAUGAACACUUAUUAUAUUUGGAUGCUGAAUUUCAUUUAAAUACUUCAUCAAGAUCAAACAUAUAUUCCCUUUAUAAAGCCUAAAAAGGAAUUGAAUCAAAUUUAAGAUCUUUGAAUUAAUAUUUCGUACCUCUUUUAGCAGACAUUUCAUUAACGACAGCCAUACUCUGUUUUAAUUUUGGUUGGCCAUUCUUUUCAUCAUUUCUGGUGACAUUUGUUGCUUACACAGCAUUCACUAUUCGUUAUUCAAAUGUAUGAUUGUGUUUGAGAUGUUUAAUUAGUAUAGAAGAAAGAUUAUAUCACAAAGAAAGAAACAAGAAAAGUUGGCUGAUUUUACAAUAUCACAAGCUUUGGAUAAUCUAUUCACUGUCAAGUAUUUUAGUGCAGAAAAAUAUGAAUUAAAAAGAUACAAUAAUUUAUUAGAAGUAAAUAAUUGUAUUAAAUUUAAAAGAAAUUACAACAAUUAUCAAUAGACACUUUUAAAACAUUAGCUACUCUAAAUGCUAUCUAAAGAUUAAUCCUCUCUAUGGGAUUGACAGUCAAUUUAGUCUUAGGAGUUAGUGGAGUAUAAGCUGGUGUUAUCACUCCUGGAGAUCUGAUACUUAUACAAUCUCUUAUGCUUCAAUUGAUUCAACCAUUAUUUCUAUUAGGAACCAUGCAUAGAGAAUGGGUUGAAUCUGCCAUUGAUAUGAAAGAUCUAUUGUAGAUAAUGACAAGAGUUCCAAAAAUAUAGGAAUUACCAAAUGCAUAGGAUUUCAUCUAUAAAACAGGUUCGAUCCAUAUAUAAGAUAUCUCUUUUGAACAUAUUGAAAAUAAACAACUAUUUAAGAAUUUUAAUUUAUAAAUCAAAGGAGGUGAAUGGAUUGUUAUUGUGGGUGAAAGUGGAAUUGGAAAAUCUACAUUGUUUAAUUUAAUUGUAAAUAAUUAAGACUAAAAAUUUAGUUUAGAUUGUUGGAUCCUUCUGAAGGUAAUAUAUCAAUUGAUGAUUAAAAUAUCAAAACUUUGAAGUUGGAAUCAUUUCGAAAAUAUUUUGGAAUUGUAGCAUAACAAUCAUAUUUUUUUAAUGAUUCCAUUAAAAAUAAUCUAUUAUACGGUCUUGAUUUGAUUUAUGAUCUUACACCUGAGAUGAUCAAGUAAAAGGAAGAAGAGAUGAAGAGUCUUUGUAAAUAAUUGAAAUUAUCUAAAUUGAUUGAAUCAUUACCAAAUCAAUAUGAUACUUAGAUGGGAGAUUAGGCAAGUAAAAUAAUAUUAUAGUAUAUUUAAGAUAAAUUUUCUGGAGGUGAAAAAUAGAGAUUAUAAAUAGUUAGAUGUUUAUUAAGAGGUGCCAAAAUAUUAUUAUUGGAUGAACCUACAUCUGCUUUGGAUUAAAAUAAUGAAUAAUUCUUCAUUGAAACCUUAGAAUAAGUUUUAAAGAUUCAAGAUUUGACAGUUUUGAUUAUUACACAUAGAUUGCAUUUAACUAAAGUAGCAGACAAGAUACUGUAUUUGGGCAAGAAUUGUCAAUUUGAAUAUGUAUAUAUUAUUCUAAUAAUCAAAUAGGGUACUCAUGAUCAAUUAAUUUAAAAUCAUUAAUCUUAUAAUAAGUAUUGGGAAAAGUAUUAGAAAUAAUGA